AUGGCGACGGCUCCAUGGCAGGAGGCGUGGCAGCAGUUGGCAGCUGCUCGCAUUACCAGAUCCCAGCCAGGGCUGACUUUCACCAGCGCAGCUGCAGCUUUGGCGCGGCGGUCAAGGUGGCAAGAGGCCUUGCAGAUCUUGGAGCCUGGGGACCUGGGCCGCGUGGGCGCCUGGGGCCGCGGCAGCUGGGCGCAGGCGCUGGCGGCGCUGGGCGGCGGAGGCGAAGCCACCGCGGCCAUGGGGGCGGCGGUGAGGAGUCAACGCUGGUGGCAUGCCCUUCAACUUUUUCACUGGAUGUCUGAGCAGCGCGCCUCUCCCAACACCGUCACCUACAACACCGCCGUGUCGGCCGCCGGAGCUGGUGCUUGGCAGCUCUCAUGGCACUGGCUGGCAUCCAUCCCCCUGGCGUUGCAGGAUGUCAUCGGCUUGAACUCGGCCAUUGCCUCUGCCGGCCAGAAGCGCCAGUGGCGGCCGGCCCUAUGCCUGGCGUUUGAGGAAUUCAACCUGCGGCCAAACGUGGUGAGCUAUAAUUCCAUGAUCGAUGCAUGUGCAAGAUGCCGGUGGCUUAUCGCUUUGCAGCUCGCUUCCCGGAUGUCGGGGGAAGCUGUGGAGCAGGACGUCAUCGGACUGAAUUCGGCUUUGGCCUCGGAUUGGCGCCGGGGGCCGCAGCUGCUGCAGCGCAUGGCUCGGAACCUGCUGCGCGCCUCGGCGGUGACCCACACCGCGGCCUUCGCGAACGGUUUGGGCGGCUUGGGCGACUGCUGGGGCCGGGCGGUGGCAGCCUUGGGCCGGAUGCGCGGGAGCCAGGUCAGAGUCACCAAAGUCUCCCACAACGCGGCGCUGGAUGCCUGCGAGGAGACAGGCCGCUGGCGCCGGGCGCAACUGGCGCUGGCCGCCAUGCAGCUGGAAAUCGAGCCGGAUGUGAUCAGCUAUAGCACCUUCGUCAGCGUGCCUUGGGUGCAGUGCAAGGGCCUCGCAAAGCAGAUUGCGUUGUGA